GCAAAAAACCCCAAUCCCUUGCCAGCCUCAGAAAUCAAAGAAAAACAAACCCACCAGCACUCCCUGCCAUGCCCCUCUUGGACCCUUUCUAGUAUCACUCAAUAAUAACUACAACUGCAACACAGCAAACAGCCACAGUCCACUCACACUUCCCAUCAAUCUCUUCACCAUCAUAAUCUCCUUUUGCUUCACCAUUUUCAGCUCUCCCCUCUCUUUUGGUUUUCCUCUUUUCCCUUCACCAUGGCGAUCUAGUUGGUUUCUUUAAAAGUUUAUACAGUAACUGGUAAAAAAGAUUAAUUUUUUUAUUAAAAUAAAUUCCCAAGCAACGUGACUGCUCCACUGUUACCCAAAUUAUAAGUAUAUCGAUGGAUUCCGUCAUAUUUUAAUCUCAUCCAAUCUCCAUUUCUCGGCUUCUCGCUCAGUCUCCUCCGAGUCUGUCACUGUCUUAGGAACCCUAGAUAAGCGUUCAAGUUGAACCGAGGAGACAAUCUACGCACUCGUACGAAGUGAAUAUAUUGCCUUGGAUCUGCUUGUCCCAGAACACGUCUAGGUUUCUUUCCUUCUCAUGGAUUCAAUUCAAGAAUUCAUGGACACGUGUAACUCCGACAACACCGGCAGUCUUACCCAUGCCACCUCCGCUAGCGGCGGCAGCUUAGCCGCCAGCUCCUCCUCCUCAGCCUCCCCCGCCACCACCAGCAGCCGCUACGAGAACCAGAAGCGCCGUGACUGGAACACCUUCGGUCAGUACCUCAAGAACCACCGACCCCCUCUGUCCCUCUCCAGGUGCAGCGGUGCCCACGUUCUCGAAUUCCUUCGGUACCUAGAUCAAUUUGGAAAGACCAAAGUGCAUACACCGAUCUGCCCCUUUUACGGCCACCCGAACCCUCCAGCGCCGUGUCCAUGCCCUCUCCGACAGGCAUGGGGCAGCCUCGACGCGCUUAUCGGUCGCUUGAGAGCAGCUUUUGAAGAGAAUGGGGGCAAGCCUGAAGCCAACCCGUUUGGAGCUCGAGCGGUGAGACUGUACCUUCGCGAGGUUCGUGAUCUGCAGUCGAAAGCAAGAGGGAUUAGCUAUGAGAAGAAGAAGAGGAAGAGGCCGCCGCCGCAGCCGCAGCAGCAACCUCCGCCACCAAUGCCUCUCCAGCUACCUCAUCAUCUUCAUCAUCACCAUCAUCUCCCACCUCCAGGUGCAACUCAAUAAGCUAGCUAGCGAAUUGAUGAUCAAUUCCUUGUUGCCAUGGACAAACUCUACUCUCGCUCUUUCUAGUAUAAUACCCAGGUGGGGGUCUCUUCCUCCCUUGGUGAUUUGAAUGGGCUUUUAGAGUCAUGCUCCUUAGUGCUAGUGCUCUACUUUAGUGUUAUUUAGGGUUGGCUCCUUUCCUUUCCUUUGCUUCCCCCCUCUCCCCUCAGUUAAUUUUUCUAAAUGCUUUUCUCUCUCGCUAUAUAGACUGUUUGUCUUUGUAUCCUUUUCAUAAACCAGAAGCAAAAGGUUAAAGAUCAUCUGGGAUAUCAUGAAAAUCUGCUUUUGAUGCAAACGCUGUGGGACUCAUGUUUUAACACACUGCUAGUGGAGUACUGAAAAGCGGGAGUCAUGAGAGUUAAUGUACAUGGAGGUCAUGAUCAUCCUUCUAUAUCAUGAGAGUGUGUGUGCCAUUAUUAUUCAUAUAGUUCUACCUAAUGUAGUUGGAUAUAUAUAUAUAUAUCCUAUGUCAAGCUUAGGCUUGAAGAUAAUUAUGUGACUUUGAUCAUUCUUACUUCUCUCUUUUGGGGCAUCA